AUGGAAGAAGCACAUAAUAUUCUUGCUCAGAUGCCAGAGUCGAAUGUAGUGUCAAGGAAUGCACUGAUUGCAGGUUAUGUGCAGAAUGAUCAAGGAAUAGAAGCAAUAGAUGUUUUUCGACAGAUGCAAGCAGCAGAAUUGAAGGCAACAAAAUUCACAUUUUCCAGUGUUUUAGUUGCACGCGAUGCAUUUUUGGGUAUUACACUUUUCGGCAUGUAUGCAAGAUGCCAAACCAGCGAAGAUGCGUGCCUUUUAUUUAGGGAGCUGAAUCGUCAGAGCACAGUUUCAUGGACAGCUAUUAUUUGUGGCCUCAUACAGGACGGUUUAAAUCAAAAGGCUCUUGACUUUUUCCUGGAAAUGCGAAGUAUUAAUGUGGAACCAGAUCAUGCUACUUUUGCUAGCAUUCUUAAAGCAUGUGUCAACUUAGCAGCACCAGAAGAUGGCAAAAAAUUGCACAGUCUAAUCAUUCGCACCGGUUUUGUGUUCAACACCCAUACAAGCAGUGCACUCAUUGAUAUGUAUGUGAAAUGUGGUGAUAUAGUUAGUGCUACUGCUGUUUUCAACACAAUCGAUAAUCAUGACAUUAUCUCUUGGAAUGCAAUGAUUACAGGUUUCGCAAAGAAUGGGAAUGCAGAAUGUGCAAUUAACCUCUUCAAAGAAUGCAUCUUGAGUCUAGUGCAUGGUAAUGAAUUAAUUGCUGCACAUAUAGCAAAGAAGCUUAUGGAUGUGGAACACCAGAGCUCAUAUCCAUAUGUACUUCUUAGUAAUUUACAUGCUUCCAGUGGAAAUUGGGAGGAAGUGAGUACAAUGAGGAAAAUAAUGAAAGAAAAGCAUGUCAACAAGUUUCCAGGAUGUAGUUGGAUUAUUAUUGGGGACAGGACAAACCCGUUUGUUGCUGGAGAUAAAUGUCACCCUGAAUCAGUUGAAAUUUAUGAGUUGCUGAAUUCAUUAAGUGCCCGAAUUAAAGAGGAGGACCUUGUCAGUAACUAUGAAUGA